AUGACAAAUUUCAGGAUUUAUUCCAGAGUGACAGUAACAAACAUAGAUGCACACAGCCAUAAAAAUAUAUUUAAUUCAAAGAUUUAUCGAGUCUGUGAUCUGAAGAAGAACAUGAAGAAUGUAAGGCGUCCUGUCGUCCUGCCGUCCUGUCAUCCUGCCGUCCUGUCGUCCUGCCGUCCUGUCGUCCUGCCGUCCUGUCGUCCUGCCGUCCUGUCGUCCUGCCGUCCUGUCGUCCUACCGUCCUAUCGUCCUACUGUUCUGCAGUCAUGUCGUGCUGUCGUCUUGCCGUCCUGUCGUUCUGCCGUCCUGUUGUCCUUGCUGUCCUGUCUUCCUGCCGUCUUGUCGUUCUGCCCUCCUCUCGUCCUUGCUGUCCUUUCGUCCUUGCUGUCCUCUCGUCCUUGCUGUCCUGUCGUCCUGCCGUCCUGUCGUCCUACCGUCCUGUCGUCCUGCCGUCCUGUCGUUCUGCCGUCCUCUCGUCCUUGCUGUUCUGUCUUCCUGCCGUCCUGUCGUCCUACCGUCCUGUCGUCCUGCCGUCCUGUCGUUCUGCCGUCCUCUCGUCCUUGCUGUCCUGUCUUCCUGCCGUCCUGUCGUCCUACCAUCCUUGCUGUUCUGUCUUCCUGCCGUCCUGUCGUCCUGCCGUCCUGUCGUCCUGCCGUCCUGUCGUUCUGCCGUCCUCUCGUCCUUGCUGUCCUGUCUUCCUGCCGUCCUGUCGUCCUACCGUCCUAUCGUCCUUGCUGUUCUGUCUUCCUGCCGUCCUGUCGUCCUACCGUCCUAUCGUCCUACCGUCCUGUCGUCCUGCCGUCUUGUCGUCCUGCCAUCCUGUCGUUCUUCCGUCCUGUCGUCCUUGUUGUCCUGUCUUCCUGCCGUCCUGUCGUUCUGCCGUCCUGUCGUCCUUGCUGUCCUGUCUUCCUGCCGUCUUGUCAUCCUACCGUCCUAUCGUCCUACUGUUCUGCAGUCAUGUCGUGCUGUCGUCCUGCCGUCCUGUCGUCCUGCCAUCCUGUCGUCCUGCCGUCCUGUCGUCCUUGCUGUCCUGUAUUCCUGCCGUCUUGUCGUCCUACCGUCCUAUCGUCCUACUGUUCUGCAGUCAUGUCGUGCUGUCGUCCUGCCGUCCUGUCGUCCUGCCAUCCUGUCGUUCUGCCGUCCUCUCGUCCUUGCUGUCCUGUCUUCCUGCCGUCCUGUCGUCCUACCGUCCUAUCGUCCUUGCUGUUCUGUCUUCCUGCCGUCCUGUCGUCCUACCGUCCUAUCGUCCUUGCUGUCUGUCUUCCUGCCCCGCCUUUCGUACGUCCGUCCUAUCGUCCUACCGUCCUGUCGUCCUGCCGUCUUGUCGUCCUGCCAUCCUGUCGUUCUUCCGUCCUCUCGUCCUUGCUGUCCUGUCUUCCUGCCGUCCUGUCGUACUGCCGUCCUGUCGUUCUUGCUGUCCUGUCUUCCUGCCGUCUUGUCGUUCUGCCCUCCUCUCGUCCUUGCUGUCCUUUCGUCCUGCCGUCCUGUCGUCCUGCCGUCCUGUCGUUCUUCCGUCCUCUCGUCCUUGCUCUCCUGUCUUCCUGCCGUCUUGUCGUCCUACCGUCCUAUCGCCCUUCUGUUCUGCAGUCAUGUCGUGCUGUCGUCCUACCGUCCUGUCGUCAUGUAGUGCUGUCGUUCUGCCGUCCUCUCGUCCUUGCUGUCCUGUCUUCCUGCCGUCUUGUCGUCCUACCGUCCUAUCGUCCUACUGUUCUACAUUCAUGUCGUGCUGUCGUCCUGCCGCCCUGUCGUCCUGCCAUCCUGUCGUCUUGCCGUCCUGUCGCCCUGCCGUCCUGUCGUCCUAUCGUCCUACUGUUCUGCAGUCAUGUCGUGCUGUCGUCCUGCCGUCCUGCUGUCCUGUCAUUCUGCUGUCCUGAUGUCCUCUCGUCGUGCCGUCCUAUGGUCGUGCCGUCCUGUGGUCGUGCCGUCCUGUGGUCGUGCCGUCCUGUCACCCUGUCGUCGUGCCGUCCUGUCGUUCUGCCAUCCUAUCGUCCUCCUGCUCUGCCGUCAUGUUGUCCUGUUGUCCUGUCGUCCUACCGUCCUACCGUCCUACCGUCCUACCGUCCUACCGACUGA